UUCCACUUCAUCUGAAGUCCCAAAGUCAUUGAGGGGAAAAGGCAUGCUGAUGCAAAUAAAUCUCAUCUCUAAUAUAGCAUCAUGGUCUAGCUUUCUUAGCCAUGAUACUUUCUAUGGGAUCUCUCAUCCAAGGAUCUCAAAAUACCUUAUGGUCAUAAAUUUGUUGCUAAGAAUACUAGCAAUUAAUAAUAUCCUUACUGAAACAAAAUACAGGACUAUGUAGCACUUUAAAGUCUAACAAGAUGGUUUAUUAGAUGAUAAUAUCCUUACUGUUCUUCAGUGAGUUCGUACCCCCAGCUCCAUCUUUGGUGUGAGAGAGGAGAUUUUUUCCAGGCACUACAUUAAUAAAAUUGAGGAUAAAUUAUUACUAAUGGAUGCAUUCUCUUUUCAUUUAUAAUAUGAAGACCCCAAACUCAUCCUGAUGAAAAGGCAUUGCAAUUUACAGUAGUGUACAGUGUUGCUUUUUCAUAUAGGCACAGUGCUUGAAUUUGGCCACAAGGUGGCACAGUACAAUUGACGAUUAUAGUGCUGCUUCUGCAGUAAACAUCAUCACAUGAUCCUUCCCUGAACAUGUGCAAAUGCAAACUGGAGUGAUAGCUUAAUGUGGGUAAAGAAGAUGAGAGUUGUUGGAGGGUUAUUUCUAUGGGAAGCCAGAGUCAAACAAAUAGCUCUACUAGUUAUAAUCUAGUAAUGGGGCAGAGAAGUGGCGAUACAUAGAGCUUACACUGAUACAGGGGGCUUGGUGGAACCACUACAAUUGAGAUAUUAAUACAGGAAUAUACAAAAUACUUGCAAGUGUGCUGCAGGAGACCCAUUUGAUAAGACUGGGCAAACCUCUAGUUUCUGUGAUUCAAGAGGAGAUAUAUUCCCUUAUUGCAAGCACUAUUUUCUAGCUUCGUGCAUAUGUGUUCUGCAGUUCUCAGGUAAAAUAUUUGCAUUAAAAAAUAGGAGGUGAAGGCAGGUAUGGAAUGGAGGUAAAUCUGGGGUUAACUGAAAGGAGGGAGAGUACCGUCGUCUUAACAGCGCCUAAUAUUUCUCUUUCUCUGAGCAAACGGAUAGCUUUUAUUAAUCUAACAUAUAGUUUGAGUUUUGUGGUCUUGAAUUUCCCCACUCUGGCCUUAAUACUGUGCCCAUUCAUGUCAGUGUUUCAGGUUCAAGUUCUGUAUAUACUGGCUUUCACCCUGCAAGAAUCAACCUAAGUAGCUAGCUACAAAUAAUUCUGCUUUAUGUAGAAAACUAGUUGGAGUUAAAUUUCCCUGCAUCUCUCACUAGUAACUGCUGCUGCCCUGCAUCUAUUUAAUAUACGCAAAAAAGGGAAUUAAAUAUUAAGUGCCUAGGCAAGGUUUAUUUUCACUCAGGAAGUUGUUUUUUCCUUUCUUGAAGUGGAUUUUCUGCUUUUAAAUGAUGGCUUUCAUUUUUCUCAUUCAUAGAUAAAUCAGAACCACCUUGACGCAGCAAUCUGAAUAUAGGACUGAGACCCAGGAACUCCUGAGGUAAAUCCAGCUGUGACACCAGCUUUUUUGGUGAUGUUGAUUUUCUGCAUUGUCCUCAUAACACAGCUACCUCACCCGGCUGCUCUGCAGUGCUUCCCAGGCGAAUACGAAAUAAACGGCGAGUGCUGCCCCAUGUGCAGUCCUGGGAGCAGAGUGGUCAGACACUGCAAAUCAAAUGUCAGCACGACGUGCAUCCCUUGUGUGCAUGACACAUACACGGAGCAUCCCAAUGGCCUAACAGAGUGCCUGAGAUGUAAAGUGUGCGAUAAAGGAGCCAGGCUGACGAUAAAGGAGAAAUGCACGUAUACGAAGAACACCGUGUGCGGCUGCGCACUGGGGGAUUUCUGUGUUCAUCAUGGAGAUGGAGAGUGUGAAAUGUGCCAACUCUCCACUGUCUGCCUCCCUGGCUCUAGGGUGAAGGUACCAGGCACCGAGUUCAGUGACAACCAGUGUGAAGUUUGCCCCGAUGGAACCUUCUCAGCAUCCAAUAUGUCCCGGGCCUGCCAGCCAUGGACCAAGUGCGAAGAGCAAAGGAUGACAGAAGCGAAGGCCGGGACACGUAUUUCUGAUGCCGUUUGUCAGCAAAGCAGCCUGUCCGGCGCUGUGAUAGCUGUGAUAAUUAUCCUUCUAGUCUUACUUGCGGCUUCAGGGGCUGGAGGCUACUUUUUAUGGCCGAAAGUGAAGAGGAAAUAUAAUGUAACAUGUAAACAGGGGACAGAGGACGAGCAAAAACAGGCUGAGCCUUUGAAAGACAAUAGAGCUGGUACACUUCCUGUUCAGGAAACUGUUACAGAAAAUGCAAAAUCCUCUCCUGGAAGCAUCUGAACAAGCAAAGACAAGAGCCGACGCACUGUUCCAAGUGGGGGAAGAGAGCAAGCAAAGCCAUUCGUCAGCCCUGCCAGUGGGAGAGGGGAACCAGAGAGAGGAGUCCUGACUAGAGAGCUACGGGAAAUGGGCACCAGCCCUGGUCUCUUCUGCAGCAUCAGGGCUACUCUAGAAACCUGAGUGAUCAAUGACAGAGAAUUGCCCCGAGUGUAAUGGCUGGAGGCCUCUGAAAAUCCCUCUUCACUGGAUUCUAGUGAACCUCAUCGUCACCUUAGUCUCCAUGGCUACCUCCUGUUACUCUGAUGCCUUCCUCACACAGACACUGCUGUGGGUAAUGUCUGCAGACUGUGGGCUCGUGGAUAUUUCUGUUUAGUUACUGGAUGCAGAGCUGGCCCAAGCUACAGGCUGACCGGGCUACUGCCCAGGACACUGCAGUGUAGGGGACUCCACGUGGGGGCUGCUGGACCGGAUGGGCGCGGGGCUGUGCAUGCGCCGGUUCCCCGGGGGUAGGACUGCGCAUGGGCCUGGCACCUGGGGUGGGGCCGCCACACUCCUGGGGCCCGGGGCGCAUGAAUGGCUCAGGUCAGCCCUGACUUGAUGAUAUAGUAAAUUGCGGGUCUGUAACAUGGAUUCAGCAGGCCUCUAUUGAGGCCUGUAACAUGAAAACAGCAACUGGCCGGUUACCUGGUGAGCAAGACUUUGGUUCAGUAACACGGCAGCCACGAAAGAGGCCCUAUUGAUAAUUGUGUGAUUGUGUAAGUUAGAUCGAACAUGGAAGGAUAUAGGGAGGCACCGGGUACAGACUGUAAGCCUAAGGGGAGUAGUGGAACAUCUUAAUAAGACAUGUCUUGGUAUAAAGAAUCCCCAAAUACUAAUGUACAUACUGACCUAGGAUCAGGACUGGGCUGAAAUUGACAGCAUGAAGGAUAGUAAGUAAGCCCCCCUUCCGUAAGGUGAGGGGUGGUAACUAGGCAACAGAGAGUGGCAACCUUGUGCAUAAAGAAGUGAUGUAAGAAGUUUGUACAUAUCUAUAAAAGGGCACCACAAAGAGCGAACACUGACCGACCUUGGGCCAGAGGGAUGCACUAGGCAUCUGAAACGACAGGUGUCAUUGCCGACACUUACAGAAUGCACAGUGGCUGAACGCUGGCUAGCCGCUGUUAAUAUCUGUUAUUUGGCAAUAGGCCUGCUAUGUGUUAGUACAUUGUCAACGUGCCAAAUGCACAGUGGUUUAGGUUUGAGAAUUUCUGCUAACAACUGUUAAUGCAUCGCAUUUGAUAAUAAAUCUGCUCCAUGAUUUUA